GAUGCGGUUAUAAUCCUUUGACAAUUUUGAAAAUGAGUAAGCACCUGUUUGUACUGUUCGAGCAUGCAGCUGGAUAUGCUCUUUUUGCUGUUAAAGAAUUCGAUGAAGUUUCUGCAUUGCUUCCACAAGUUGAAAGUAGUGUCACAGACAUAAGCAAGUUUCAGUCAGUUGUUAAGUUGUCUGCUUUUCAGGCCUUUAGAAAUGGACCAAAUUCACUGGAUAACAUCAAUGCUAUUGCAGCAGGUGAGUUGCACCCAGAUCUUCAAGCCUUUCUUGAAAAAGAGGUUCCUGCGAGCAAAAAGAAAUUUCAAGUGAUCCUUGGUGUUGGAGAUGCCAAAAUAGGAGCUGCAAUAUCAGACACUUUAAGCAUCUCUUGUCAACACAGUGGUGUUGUGGUUGAGCUUAUGCGAGGUAUCAGGACACAUUUCCCCCAUUUUAUUAAAGCGCUUACAGAAUCAUCUGCUGGUAAAGCUCAGUUGGGACUUGGUCAUAGCUAUUCUAGAGAUAAGGUUAAAUUCAAUGUCAAUCGUGUGGAUAAUAUGAUAAUACAAAGUAUCAGUUUGCUUGAUCAGCUGGAUAAAGACAUCAAUACGUUCUCAAUGAGAAUAAGAGAAUGGUACUCCUAUCAUUUCCCAGAGCUUGUAAAAAUUGUUAAUGAUAAUUACAUGUUCGCACGUUUGGCUAAUUUGAUCGGUGAUCGUACUAAACUUGAACCAGAAAUGUCUGAGUCAAUUGAAGAAGUGGUAAUGGACAGUGCUAAAGUGAAAGCAAUCUUUGAAGCGGCAAAGUCAUCUAUGGGCAUUGACAUUGGGACCAUUGAUCUGAUCAACAUUCAGAUGUUUGCUCGGCGAGUUAUCAGUCUUACAGAAUACAGAAAGUCACUCUCAGAAUACUUGCACAGCAAAAUGCAAAGUGUUGCUCCAAAUCUUGCUGCACUGAUUGGUGAACAAGUAGGAGCAAGGUUGAUCUCUCAUGCUGGCAGUUUAACGAACUUGGCCAAAUACCCAGCCUCAACUGUUCAGAUUCUUGGUGCUGAGAAAGCUCUUUUCAGAGCACUUAAGACUAGAGGCAACACUCCUAAGUAUGGCCUCAUCUUUCAUUCAACCUUUAUUGGACGCGCAGGUGCAAAAAAUAAAGGACGUAUAUCCAGAUACCUAGCAAAUAAGUGUUCCAUAGCAUCUAGGGUUGACAAUUUCUCAGACAUCCCAACUGCAGUGAUUGGUGAGCAUUUAAGGCAGCAAGUUGAAGACAGACUGAAGUUCUAUGAAACUGGAGAAAAUCCUGCCAAAAAUAUAGAUGUCAUGAAGAUAGCUGUUAGUGAAGCUGAAGAAGCAAAACAGAAAGUCUUAAAAGCACACAGAAAACAAGAAAGAAAAGAGAAAAAACGAGCAAAAGAGGUAGAAGCAAAUGGGGAAGAUGAGCCAGUGAAGAAGAAGAAAAAGAAGAAGAGCAAGGACGAGAAUGAUGAGAGUGUAGUUACUGAGGUGGAUACAAGUGUUGCGUCUGAACUUGAUACUACUGUAGAUGGGGAGAAGAAAGCGAAAAAGAGCAAAAAACAAAAGAAAAAGAAGGGAGAUAACUAAACUUAGUACAUCUGUAAAUUUGUGUCAUUGAAAUAAACACAUUUUAAUACAG